GUCAGCUAUCUGCCUACUGCCUAUCUGUCAAAUAUGUUGUGCGCGCGGCUGAGUUUUGUUCAAUCUGAGGUUUAUUAAUUAGGAUCAAGCCGAUCAAGUCCGACAAUUUUAUUGCUCAAAGUGAUUGUUGAUAUGAAUAUUGAAUAAACAGUUCAAUAAGGCAUGUUGGUAUCGAGUAGUGAGUUGCGGAUUCAAUAAUAUCAGCUUUUACCGACUUGAAAAGGUCUGCUCCAAUCUCUGAUCCAGUAUUUAUAGUACCUAGUUGCUGUAUUGCUAUUCCGCAGUUCAGAGAGAGGUUUUUAUUUUUGUAUUCAAUUCACAAAAGCCUUUUGUCAGUACGUGCAGACAAAAUAUCGAUCAUUCCUAAAUUUUGAGGAUUAUGUAGGUGGAAAUGAUAGAUAAUUUUCUAAGUAUAUAGUGACGUAAUGAACCAGUUGAAGAUAUGAUACAAGAAAACAGUGAGAUUUAGAUAAAUAAACUAUGGAUAACGAUGUAAGGGACUGGUAUAAAGUACCCAAGGGUAUAUUCAGGCUGUGCUUCAUUAUUAUCAAUAAUUUAUAUUGUAUACCUACCUAUGUGAUGUGGAUGAUACUACUAUUACCUCUUAAGAAAGUGAAACCUGACAUUUACUGGAAAAUUGAAGGGUAUUUUUUCCAUGGGUUAUUAGCCAUUGUAUCGUCUUGGAGCUAUUCUGCUGGAUAUGAUAUGGUGGAGGCGGGUGAUGACAUCACACAAUGUUUAGACGAUAAGACUCUCAUCAUAUCUAAUCACCAAUCGACAGCAGAUGUGCCUUUACUAUUUUCCUGCUUCAAUCCAAGAAAGCAGAUCCUACCAAAUAUCAUGUGGAUCAUGGAUAGUUUGUUUAAGUAUACGAAUUUUGGUAUCGUUAGUGUUAUACACAAGGAUUUUUUCAUUAUGUCUGGUAAAAAACACAGGGAUAGAAGUCUCCAAGAUUUGACUCAACAUUUGCUGGACGUGUAUAUUCCGCUCAAGCGGAAAUGGCUGAUUCUGUUCCCCGAAGGUGGAUUCCUGAGGAAAAGGAAGGCCAUAUCGCACAGAUAUGCCGAAAAGAUGAACUUGCCAAAAUUCGAGAACGUCUCCUUGCCCAGGAUCGGAGCGAUGAAAAUCAUCAUGGACACUCUGAGUCCCAAGUCGUUGUGCAAUAAUAACUCUAAUUCAGUCAAAAACGAUCACGUCGAUCUGCCCUGCAUCAAAUGGAUCUUGGACAUCACGAUAGCGUAUCCGGGCGGAUGGCCGAUCGACAUCGGGCACAUCGUGUUCGGCCACCGGCCGCCCUGCGAGACGGUCGUCUUCUACCGGCGUUACGCCAGCAAGGACGUGCCUAAGGACAGCGAGGCGCUGACCCAGUGGCUGUUCGACAGGUGGUCGGAGAAAGAGGACAUGCUGGGGCAGUUCUACAAAACGGGCGAGAUCCCCGUCUGCUUCAGCAGGCACGAGAGGCACCCCGGCAAAGUGGUAGUCCAAGACUGUCUGCGAUACGUGAUCUAUCACGUGUUUUUUAUCGCCUCGACUUACCUGCACCUGCAAAUGGCGGCGGCCGCAUACAGCUGCUACAGCUAUCUGGUUUAUUAGCAUUGUGUGAUCGCGUAUUUGGUCUGUCUGGUGAGGUACUAUCUGUAAGAGCAUAAUGGUUGAUGAGAUACGUCAAAUUGUGAUAAGGGGCUCUACUGCUGUUACCUGAUUUCGAAACAUGCAGAUAGAAAUUUCAAUGAAUUUGCGAAUAUGGUGUUAUCAUUGAUACUCCCUGAUUUGUCAUUGAUAAUAAAUUUGGUCAUCAGUUCAUUUGAACGAUGAUAAUACCAAUAUAGAUGUAUAGAAAGUC